AUGCGAGAUGGUGAUGCUAACACUACAUAUUUUCAUUCUAUGAUGAAAAUGCGAAAUAGGAGAAACUAUAUUGGUGCAUCGAGAUCUGAUAAUGACAUAAUUGAGGAGGUAUAUGAUUUGAAGAUACAUAUGAAAGAUUUCUUCGAAGAAAAGUUAAAGGAGCAUAAAGGUCCUGGAGUGAAGCUUGAUUUGUCAGACAUUCAAAAUUUAUCUGCAAAGGAUAACAACAUGUUGGUUGAACAAUUUCUGGCUGAAGAAAUCCGGGAGGUCAUCUCAUCUACUGAUGGAAGCAAAAGCCCUGGUCCAAAUGGUUUUAAUUUCAAAUUUCUGAACCAGUGUUGUAGUAUAGUAGAAGGAGAUAUUGUUAAUAUUGUCAGCCAUUUCCACAAGUUUGCUUCCUUGCCAAAAUUUUCUGCAUCAUCUUUCAUUACACUUAUACUUAAAAAGGAACAACCAAUGAAACUUAAAGACUAUAGGCCAAUCAGUCUAAUAACAUGUGUCUAUAAGCUUAUAUCGAAGUUAAUGGCUAGGAGGCUUAGUAGGUUAAUGGAUAAAUUGAUAUAUGUUAAUCAAACUGCUUUUAUAUAUGGGUGA